AUUACAUUUUCGUAUUCAUCGUCGUCCGAUACGGAUAACCUCAAAAUCGCGUACCUCUCUGCUAAAUCGGUCAUCGUGGACUUUCGUGAGGUUUCUGGCGUUCGGGACGUCGAUGAAAGUGUAUCUACCCUUCUGCACUUUUCAAGAAAAGUGUAGUACCCUCGUUACCCUCGAGUGUAGAAAGUGCAGUCAACGCGAACAAACCUAAUGACGUAAGAUAAAGAUGUUGGCAACAGUGCGGUGCACCAGCAAUUACCGGCAUAUUUAUUCAACUGUGUGUGAUUUGUAGGAAGUUUCAUGAGUGUAGCCAAAACUACAUUAUAACGGAAUCAAAAAUGGCUUCGCCGGCACCGAAAUCGCCCGAGCAAUCCGAAAAGAACAGAAAAUACGACAGACAACUCAGACUAUGGAACGACCAUGGCCAGGCUUCCCUGGAAGCGGCUCAUAUUUGUUUAAUUAAUGCAACUGGUCUUGGUACGGAAAUCCUGAAAUCCCUAGUAUUGUCUGGAAUCGGUGCUUUUACUAUAAUUGAUGGCAAAAAAAUAACUGACGAAGAUAUUGGAGUUAACUUCUUUCUGGAUGCGGACAGCAUUGGAAAAUCCAGAGCACAGGUAGCGACUCAAGUCUUGUUGGAGUUGAAUCCAGAUGUGAGAGGUGACUACGUCGAUGAAGGAUCAGAGCAGAUUUUAUCCAAUAGUCCAGACUUCUUCAAUAACUUUACCGUUGUCGUUGGCACGUCACUGCCUGAGAAGCCUUUAAUAGCACUAUCGAGAAGGCUAUGGGACCUAAAUAUACCAUUAAUCACUUGUCGGAGUUUGGGCUUUAUUGGUCACAUACGAGUUCAAGUAAAAGAACACAGGAUCAUCGAAACGCAUCCAGACAAUGAAAGUUCAGACCUCCGUUUAGACAAACCCUUUGAAUCUUUGAAAAAUCACUUUGACUCGAUAAAUCUCGAAGAGAUGGAUCUUAAAGACCAUUCGCAUGUACCAUAUGUUAUUAUACUAUAUAAAUACUUGGAGAAGUGGGUGUUGGAACAUGGAGAUUUGCCAAAAAGUUAUACCGAGAAACAGCAAUUCAGGGAUUUUAUACGAAGUGGAAUCAGAAGAGAUGAACAUGACAAUCCAAUUGGUGAAGAAAACUUUGAAGAGGCAAUCAGAGCAGUUAAUACUUGCAUUGGGCGAACUGCAGUGCCUAAUACAGUUGGAGAGAUAUUAAAUGAUGAUUGUUGCAUUAAUUUGACGGCAAAGAGCAAUUCUUUUUGGAUUAUUGCCAAAGCAAUCAGAGAUUUUGUAGCGAACGAAGGAGGUGGAUUGCUUCCUCUGAAAGGUGCACUACCUGACAUGACUGCUGACACUGAAAAAUAUGUAGCACUUCAACAAGUUUAUCAUAAGCAAGCAGUGGCUGAUGUCGAAGCUGUCUGGCGACGUACGCUUCAAUUAUUGAGGCAAUUAGGUCGAGCUUCGGACUCUAUAUCGGAGAAAGAUGUAAAACUCUUUUGUAGGUAUGCUUCUGAUAUUCACGUUGAAAGAGGCACUUGUAUUGCAGAUGAAUAUGACCCUAAAGCUAUAAAUAGCAAUGAAAUAGCUCAGAGCCUGGAAAAUCCAGAGAGUAUGAUGAUAUACUACGUGGUCCUUAGAGGGGUUGAAAAAUUCCAAGCUGAAUAUAAUUCAUACCCAGGAGAAUUCGACGAUCACGUAGAACCUGACAUCGUCAAACUGAAGGCAUGCAUUUCAAAAUUGCUUGGAGAAUGGGGUUGCGGUCCCCUAGCUAAGGAUGACUAUGUACACGAGUUCUGUCGAUACGGUGGAUCAGAACUCCAUUCCGUUUCGGCAUUCUUGGGAGGACUGGCUGCGCAGGAGACGAUAAAGUUCAUUACAAACCAGUACAAACCGCUUCAUAACACUUUCGUAUAUGACGCGGUGACUUCAAACUCGGCGACAUUCUUUUUUUAAGUUAAAACUCAUCACGCAUUAGAGCG